ACAACUUCCCACCAAACUCCACUCAACUCAUACAGACAUAGAUUCACUCACCAAACCAAACCGCCCGUACGAACGAAAAGUGUUGUGCAUUUUGGGCGAGUCAAACUCGAGAAAAUCAAUGGAGUCUAGCAACGUUCUGGUACCACUUACUCUUGCUUCUUCUGCUGCCCUGCAAAUGGGAAGUGGAGGGAGGAAUAAUCCAACUCUAGUAUGUGCUCCUAUAAUGGCGGAAUCGGUGGAUAAGAUGGUGAUUAAUAUGAACAAGGCGAAACAAGGUGAUGCUGACCUUGUAGAGAUCCGAUUGGAUAGUUUGAAGAGCUUCAAUCCUUCUGAUGAUCUCAAAACUAUUAUUAAAGCGUCUCCGUUGCCCACUCUAUUCACUUACAGACCAAGAUGGGAAGGUGGUCAGUAUGAUGGUGAUGAAAAGAAGCGAUUGGAUGCCCUUCGAUUAGCCAUGGAGUUUGGAGCUGAUUACAUUGAUGUUGAGCUCCAGGUUGCCUGUGAGUUCAAUGAUUCCAUUUAUGGAAGGAAGCCUGAAAAUUUCAAAGUCAUUGUAUCUUCUCACAAUUAUCAAGACACUCCAUCUGCGGAGGACCUUGGCAACCUUGUGGCAAUAAUACAAGCAACUGGUGCUGAUAUAGUGAAGAUUGCAACAACGGCAUUGGAGAUUGCUGAUGUGGCACGCAUUUUCCAAAUAACUGUGCAUUCUCAAGUUCCAAUUAUAGGAAUUGUUAUGGGUGAGAGAGGUUUUAUGUCGCGGAUACUAUGCCCAAAAUUUGGUGGGUUUCUCACGUUUGGUACCAUUGAGUCGGGAAUAGUUUCUGCCCCUGGUCAACCAACAAUGAAGGAUCUUUUACAUCUAUACAACCUCAGACGGAUAGGGCCAGAUACAAAAGUGUUUGGCAUAAUUGGGAAGCCUGUUCACCACAGCAAAUCACCUAUUUUAUACAAUGAAGCAUUCAAGUCAGUUUGUUUCAAUGGAGUUUAUAUUCCUCUCUUGGUGGAUGACAUUGCAAAUUUUCUUCAAACUUACUCAUCCACAGAUUUUGCUGGAUUUAGUUGUACAAUUCCUCACAAGGAGGCCGCUCUAAAGUGCUGUGAUGAGGUUGAUCCAGUUGCGAAGUCAAUAGGAGCUGUGAAUUGCAUUAUAAGGAGACCCACCGAUGGGAAGUUAGUUGGUUACAAUACUGAUUAUGUUGGUGCAAUUUCUGCUAUUGAAGAUGGACUGCGAGGUUCUCAUAAUAGUAGCAAUACUGCUGAUUCACCCUUAGCUGGUAAGCUGUUUGUGGUCAUUGGUGCUGGAGGUGCUGGCAAGGCGCUUGCUUAUGGUGCAAAAGAAAAGGGAGCCAGGGUUGUGAUUGCCAAUCGCACUUAUGAUCGUGCCAGAGAACUUGCCGAUACCAUUGGUGGAGAUGCUUUAUCUCUUGCCGAUCUAGAUAAUUUCCACCCGGAGGAUGGUAUGAUUCUUGCAAACUCAACAUCCAUUGGAAUGCAACCAAAAGUUGAUGAAACGCCCAUUCCUAAGCAUGCUCUGAGAUCAUACUCAUUAGUUUUUGAUGCUGUUUACACCCCCAAAAUGACUAGACUUUUGAGGGAAGCAGAAGAAUCGGGAGCCAAAAUUGUUACAGGGUUGGAGAUGUUCAUAGGACAGGCAUAUGAGCAGUUUGAGAGGUUCACUGGGUUGCCCGCACCAAAAGAGCUAUUUAGAAAAGUUAUGGCCAAUAACUAGAGGAUAUUCAUGAGUGCGGCUUGCUUUCUCCUUCAACUCGGUGAACAAGGAUAUUCUGCAUUGCUUUGUUGCACGCCAGUUAAUGGGUAGGUGUGCCUUCAAGCAUCA